AACGCGACAGUUAUGUCGCUGCGAUAAGUUCUUCGGAAAUCAACCUUGAUAACAUUUCUAAGAGCGGGAAACCGUCGGCCAUGGAAGAAAUUCUUUUACAGAACAGAAGCAAAGAGAGUACGAGAUCUGUAAAUGCAAAUGAAAUUUCAACCAAGAUUGAUUAUGUGCUGGUUUAUUCUGAGCCGGAGUCGGGUAAAGAAAAUGACGAAGAAGAAAAAGAAAAAGCAGAGAUUAGGGAGAAAUACGAAGAAAAUCUCAAAAAACAAGGACUGAUGGUAGAGCAUGUAACAUCGGACGAGCAGGAGAAUGUUGUGUUUGUCCUUAUUCAUGCCCCAUGGGACGUGCUGGCCAAGUGCGCAGAGGAAAUGAUGAUCCGUGUGCCUGUUAGCGCGGAGCACCAAGGAACCCGUUUCAAGUCCUCCAGCAAGAAAAGAUGGCUGAAAAAGGCUAAAAAUGUCCUCAAUAUCUUUCAAGUUCAGGAUGACUCCGACAGGAAAACCGAGCGGCCAGUCACGGCGUUUUUCAGCAGAGCAAAGAGUGACUGCUUUCUCAUAGAGGACAGGGAAACUUUUUUCUCCGACAUCGACCGAAGUCGAAUGACACAUCGCUUACUUCUCUCGACGAAGUAUUCAUCAGAAAUGGACGACUUCGGAAUCUCUCGUCUGCUCUACAAAGGGGCUUACACAGUUGCGUAUCCUUUGCACGAAGAUCUUCGGAAAGAAAACGAAGAUGGUGCGACGGAAAACGAAAGACAACGUCUGUGCAGGAACUGGGCUUCUUUUAGCCAGUGGUACAAAUAUCAGCCCUUGACUGCGGUGAAGAAGUACUUUGGAACUCGGGUGGCUUUUUAUUUUGCUUGGCUAGGAACUUACAAUUUCAUGCUUGUAAUUGCUGCUUUGGUUGGCUUGUGGUGCUUUGUGGCUGGCCUCAUAACAGUGAGGACUUUUACACCUGUGAAAGAAAUUUGUGAUAAAAAUAAUUCGCAGUUGUUUUACAUGUGUCCGUUGUGCGACAAAGACUGCAGCUAUUGGACGCUAACAAAGAGCUGUGAUUACGCCAAAGUCACUCAUUUGUUUGAUCACGAGGGGACGGUGUUUUUCGCUGUUUUUAUGUCACUCUGGGCAACGGUGUUUCUGGAGGUGUGGCGGAGGCGUCAGAUAAGCUUGGCUUACGAGUGGGACAUGUUGCACUUUGAGGAAGAGUUCGAACCUCCACGCCCGGCUUUUGUCACCAAAGCCCAGAACAAGAAACCAAACCCCGUCACUGGAAAACUCGAGCCUUACAUCCCGUUUUCGCUACGCGCGGGAAAGUUUACCUGCGGGUUUAUGAUCGUUUCGUUCAUGGUGCUGCUAGUGAUUGCUACUUUGGUGGGAGUUGUGAUCUACCGGGCCGCCAUGGUUGCGGUGUUGUCGGCGUAUCCUGAUGAAGACGUGCAACAGGGCGCGCGCAUAAUUACCUCACUGACCGCGUCCGUGCUCAAUCUCCUGGCUAUCACAGUGCUGGGUCUGGUGUAUGAGAAGAUCGCUGUUGCGCUCACAGAGUGGGAAACGCCACGAACCAGAACAGAGUAUCAUAACAUCUUAACACUGAAACUAUUUUCAUUCCAGUUCGUGAAUAUGUACUCGUCGUUGUUUUACAUAGCGUUCUUUAAGAACAGUCAUAUCAUAGGUUACCCUGGGAAUUACAAUCGUAUUGCCGGAGGACGAAUGGAAGGCUGUGAUCCUUCAGGAUGUUUCAUUGAGCUGUGCAUUCAGUUGGCUGUUAUCAUGGUGGGAAAACAGUUCAUCAAUUCCAUUUCCAAGUUUGCAGUACCGUCUUUGCUACGUUGGUGGAACGGCCGCAAGAGCGCCGAGAAGAUCGUGCAUCCCACCCAGUGGGAAACAGACUAUCUCCUAAACAGUGAACAUCAGCUAAGAAUGUUCUAUGAAUACCAUGACAUGGUUAUCCAGUUUGGUUUUGUUACGAUGUUCGUCGCAGCCUUUCCGCUGGCCCCUUUGUUCGCACUUAUCAACAACAUCCUGGAACUUCGGAUAGAUGCUAUUAACUUUGCGGUGAAUUUCCGCCGACCGAUAGCAGAGCGGGCUCAAGGGAUUGGAAUCUGGUUUGGAAUUCUUCGUUCGAUGAGUUGGUUUGCCGUUUUAGUGAACUCGUUUGUAAUCGCCUUUACUUCUGAGUUCAUUCCGAGGGAAGUCUACAAAUACGCGUACAGCCCUGAUGGAAGUUUGACUGGUUAUGUCAAUAACAGCUUAUCUUACUUCAACAUUAAAGACUUCAGUAAAAUGGCCCUGCCUCGGGACCCUUUCAAAAAUUUACCUUAUAACAAGUCCUACUGCAGAUACAAGGAGUACUUUGAUCCCGUCGAGCCUUACGAUUUCAACCGCCAAUACUUCUUCGUGCUUGCUGUUCGACUGGGUUUUAUCAUCAUCUUUCAAUAUUUUGUGUUCUUCACCGUUGGUUUCCUGGACUGGCUCAUUCCCGAUGUCCCUCGCAAACUUGAAGUCAAAAUAAAGCGGGAAAAUUUCGUUGCCAGGGCCUGUCUGACUGCAAGCGAGGCUGAAGCGUCACGUGAAUUGCACGCUCGCGAGCCACACACUGCCGGUUCUGCGAACUCUCUUUACAUGUCAUGUGAGAAUGUCAACAGAUCCAGGAACUCAAAUGUUGGCGGAAGCAAACUUAGUAUACAUAGAAUAUGAUUACAGCAUGAAAUGGAGAAGAAAUUUAAUAGUGAGAUUUGCGUUUCAGAAUUUUAUGAUAACGCCGCGGCUUACAAAGGAAUAUUUCAUUGAGACUGAGUUAAAGCUAUUUCCAGUUUACAGUUAUAAUCUCAUUCUGUUUUGUAUUUCUUUUCUGAUUCAACCUUUUCCGAUUAAUUCAAAAAUCAACUUGCGCCUUGUUUUCAACCAAUAAGAUACCAAAUUGUCUAAACUAAUACAGGAUAGCCCUUUUCACGGGCAACUUUCCUCAUUUGCAUGACAAUAUAAUUCAACGAAAAUGCGCAUCCACGUGGGAUUACAUUGUAAUGUAAAUAAGCAAAGCUAACCGUGGAAAAGGCUAUUUGUCACGCGCUUGGAGGCCACCACGUGCCGUAUUUAUUUGCUUUGAGUUCUACCUGUUUCAUUACGGUGUUUCCGUUUGUUGUGAUGGGUGGUUACAAUUGCUUUGGUUCUGACUUAGCCACUCAAUUAAAAACCUGCUCUAACUGCCGAAACUGAAUCGCUUUUCUUUUUGCAAAACGAGUCCGUGCAAACCAUUCAUAUGAAUGAUUUCGCACGAAGAGUCAUUAUGACACAGAAGCAGAAGGUAACUCGGAAAUGGCAUAUUAGGCGCAAAACCAACACCAGUCGUGAGUUCGGCGAACCAUGUGUACUCGUGUUGACUUGUCACCUCCUACCCUUUCUUCCUCUUUAUACAUGAUCACAUAGUAUGACUUCCGGUUAGUAAAAUACGACGAGCUAACUUUCGGUUAAUGGCGACAUCUUUAAAGUUAGACGACUCGACAAAGUGGAGUCAUGUGGAAACGACUUCACUCUCAUUAAUUGUUUCUGAUACAGCCCUAAAAAAACUUCCCAAAAUCGGCCAAACGAGCCUCCGGUACCACCUUAAGGUCUAUUGGACAACCCUUAACAGAGAAUGGCUUUGUGGGUGGCAAAUAUUGAGUUGAUAAUUGUCUAGUCAGUUACACGUGUUCAUGAUGACCUGGAAGUACUUUUUUUGCUGACUUUAGGUACAUUAGCAUAUCUGACGCCUUUGAGGUCUAAAUAUAAUACAAUUAAGAUAAUAAUGUAAUAAUGAGAUGUCUAUAAAUGAAAAUCAUUAAAUGUUAGUAAGAAAGGUU